GCGAGUGUGUAGGUGGAUCAGCACGACCGCUGGGGCCAAAAGCGGAACCGGGGACCUGAGCAGGAUCGGGACGCGUGGGCGACGUCCCGCGACCGGGAGAACAUUGGAUCGAAAGGCAUCCGGCGGUCACCUUCAGGGCGACGGCGGAGAAUUGGCAAUCAUAGUGCGUUGACGUCGCAGUCGCGUGCAGCGGGCCGGAGCGAUGCUGUCCACCGCCCUGCAGAUCCUGGCGUUCGUCCUGGCCCUGCUGGGAACGGUCGGCGCCACGGUGGCCACGCUGCUUCCCAACUGGCAGGUGAGCAUCAAGGUGUGGUCCAGCAUGGUGGCCCCCAUGUGGCACACGCGGGGGCUGUGGAUGGACUGCGUCUGGUACGGGGCCGGCGUCUUCAGCUGCACCACCAACAAGUCCCCGCUGGCCCUGCCCCCUUAUCUUCAGACCACCCGGGCCGCCAUGGUCCUGUCUUGCGCCGUGGCCGCCUUCGGGCUGUGCCUGGCAUCUCUGGGGCUCCGUUGCACCCGUUGGGGCGGCGGCCACCGAGCCAAGGGGCAGACGGCCGUGGCGGCCGGGGGUUGCUUCGUCCUGGCCGGCGCCCUGUGCCUGGGCCCCGCUUCCUGGUUCACCUCGGAGGUGGUGGCGGCCUUCAUGAGCGCCCAGAUGGCCGACAGUAGCAAAUACCAGCCCGGGGGGGCGCUCUGCGUCACCUUCGUCUCCGCCGGCUUCCUCCUGACAGGAGGGUUUAUCUUUUGUUUGUCGUGUCCGGGUGCGGGAUCCCCCCCGGCGGACUCCCCGACCCCUCCGGACCCCGACAGACUCGCGCUGCCCCAAGUGAACCUCUGCCGCAAAAGUCGUAUCGACGCUCCCCAGGCAGAAGAGAUGCGUGGGUCCCCCUCCAAGCGGUCCCCCAAGGACGUGAAGGACAGUUACAGCCUGCAGGAAUAUGUUUAACCCUCUCAUCUAGUCUGGGGGUCUUUCAAGUCCAGGCACGAGUCCUGAUCCGCAGACCCGGGGUGCAGAAUCCACUCCGCCUUUUCCUGGCGGUACAGGAGGACCCUGUCAGCGAGGCAGCCCAGCGUGUAGGACAAUAAUCACGCUCUCAGUUUUCCAUUAUCUUCUCAAUACGCUUCAGUGCGCACACGCACAGCCGCACGAAGUCAUCGCAAUGAAUUUGAACCUGCGCUCAGCAUCCAUCAACCACGUCAUCCUCUUGAUGGAGAAAAGGAUUUAUUCUUCAGCCAAACUACUUCAGAUGAAUGGGAAACAUUUGUGUGUAGUUUUAAGGCCCAGAAAAAUGUACUGUAAAUAUGCAAAUGACGCAGCCUCUUUGUGUAUGAACGCAACCUUUACCGACACAUUUUGUGAUUGCCUCAUAAUAAGGAUCAACUUUUUUUUUUUUUAUCAGUUACAAAUAUUCUUUUCUUAUUUAUUAUUUUCUAACAAUAUGAAAACAGCUUUAAAAAAAAAUACAAGCGGGCCCGUCACAUCACUUCCUUGGUGUAUGAUUGAAAGAAAUUAAAAGAAAUAUCUCGUUUGACGUCACAUGUGUUUCUUUGUGAU